AUUUCCUCAUCGCUGUUGGCUCUUCUGUGGAGAAAAUCAUCUGCCAUUUUAACACGAGCAGGAACCAAGUGCAGAAGGCCCAGCUUGGGGAUAGCAGACUGAGCCCAGUUUUGGGCUACCUCAUCCUGAACCACCUAUGUCCCUCACUGUACUCACUUCUUAGUGAUGGACUAAAGCCCUAUCAGAAGGACGUGAUCAUUGGCCGUAGGAGGCUAAGUCCAUGGAGCCUGGUGGAGGCUUCCAUGAAGACAGGCCCAGGGCUCGUACACCUCCUGUUCAGUAAAGUCAAUCGCUUAACACAACUACGAGACCCUCAGAGGAAAUUCAAUGCCUUCAUCUUCGGCCUCUUGAAUAUGAAACAGCUGGAUGUUUGGGUUCUGCAUCUUCAUCAGAUUUACAAUCAUCUUUCCAUAUUCUAUCUUCCAAUCGGGUUCCUGCCGUUGGCAGCGACUUCCCAUGUGGAGCUUCGGGAUGAGCUGCUGUUGAGCUUACAGCCUCUGUCUGCGCUCACCUUCCAUACCGACCUUCUUUUUGAACAUCAUCAUCUCUCCCUACAAGAUCUGCCGACUCCUCACAGUGUGCACAGCCCUGGACAUAUGACUGACAACUGGGCGGUACCUUCUUUACAGAACAUGCUGGACUUAGGUGGCUGGAUCACAUAUAACCUCUCCUGGAAUACAGAGAAAAAGGCUCCAUCUCCUAAUAAAGAAAAGUCAUUGGAUAGUCCAGAGCAUAAGCUCUCUACAGAAAGGUCACGGACUGACAAUCCUGUCGUGGCUGGAGACUGUCCACAUGCUGGAGACACAUCUGUCCUUCCUGGUGACACCACACAGCCCUCGUCUUUUCACACAGUCACCAAGGAGCUUAUGACAGCUAACAAAGAAACCUCUCCAGGUCAGACUCCUAGCAGAGUCUUGACCAGAAACUGGUGGGGACACCUCAGCCAAGCCUCUCGAAUCUACAUUCCUGCAAACAGGGAAUCACUCACUUUCACUUCUUUUAGUAAACCGACGAGUUGGGGUCCCAUGGACAAAGAGCUCAACCAAAGGGCAGCAUCGUCUAAGAAUUUUUCAGAGCAAAGACUCGCUAAAGACAUGACCAGUGGAGGAGUCUCUGAGACCACAAGCAAAGAAAUCGGGCAGCAGAAGCAACAGAUGGACACGAAGCAUAACAACCUGGGAUCCUCAUCCAAUACAGCGUCCACCCAGGGACCAUUAGAGGGUAAUUCCUGCAGUGCUGGACCUGACCAGGUGGAGGACCUCUGCAGCACAGGGCAGCAUUUAAACAGUGAGGGAAAGGGUAACUGGCUUGGACAACUUUUUGGAGCAAGUUCCAGUCAAAUUCAAGGGAUGGAAGCAAGAAAUUCAAUAUCAAGGCGUCCCUCUAGCUGGCUAACCCCGAAUGUUAAUGUCCGGAAGCUGAUUAGGAAGCAGACCAUCCCACUAAAACAUGAAGAAGAGGAACCCAGCCAGAGAGACCAUAGCAGAGCCCAGAGGUCUCUUCGAGCUCUCUGUGACCACAUGGCCUCGGGGGAGGCUCAGCUAAGCUUUAAGAAAGGAGAUGUUCUUCAGCUGCUCGGCACAGUGGAUGAGGACUGGAUUCAGUGUCGUCGAGGAAGUGAUACAGGUCUUGUACCAGUUGGAUACACGUCACUCAUCCUUUGACCUCAGCAAUGUCUUCUGCAUAGAAGCACCUUGUAUUGAAGCUUCUUCCUCCGUACCCACAAUGCUCUGCUUCCUAUUCUCAGCAGUAAACACACAUCUCAGUAUUUGGAUUCAAUGGUCAGGGUCCGGCUGCAGUACGUAGAGUAAUAACAGACUAUGCUGGAGGUGGCGUAACAGAGUGCAAUAUAUAUAUAUAUAUUAUAUAUAGAAAGAGGAUAUAUGAUAAAGUCCAUGUGUCACUAGUAUCUGUGAGUAGUGAUAAGACAAACCUUGGAGACUGAAGAGUGAGGACUUUGCCGCAUCCGUCCAGUAAUGAUUGUCUGCUGAAAACAAUAAAAAUGUCAACCUGCUGCUCCAGUGUCAACUACUGUACAGAAUAAACAACGAUGUCACAAGUCACAUCUAGAGCUGUAGUCACAUAAAAUCCUUUAGAUCCGUGCCGCCAGGCACCUCCCGUACAGCAGAUUCACGGCUUAAUCUGGGGACAUGUAGUUCUACACUUAUGUACCAUACUUGCUGAAAUAUAUCUUUCACGAGACAACAUCUGGGCACACUGACCUGUAGACUCAAUGUGACAAGGAAAGCAGCAGAACAGGAAGUGCAGCCCUGGAUGUAACUCAAUAAACCUGUGUUGUAUAUAGAUAUCUGUGCUGAUCUAUAUACUGUUGUUAUGAGGUGCAGGGCGCGAGGCUGACACAGGGUCCAUACUGGAGGCUUGUAACAUCUCAUCUUCUGGGUACAUUCUGCUGCUCUACACCCAGUGCCUUCUGGUCUUAACCCAACUCAGCAUCGAUGAAUGGACACUGCUUACUAAAAAGGCCAGUGCACAGGACAGGAGGUGUUA